UAGAGACCAAGAAGUCCCUAGUAGUACUUAUUCACUCUGUUUUGACGUCCAAGAACUCUUCUUGAGACAGGGCUGCGAAAGCAUCCACCCUAUUGGGUUCGAUGCCUUUGCCUACCUUCCUGGCCGAGUCGCGUUCCUGGCUCUGCCCUGGUCAUGCAGGCAUACCACGGGUACACGUACUAAAACUUGGCAUAAUUUAUUAAUGUCAGUUAUUAGAUUCGCAUCAUCAUCAAUCGAUCGGUUUCGGUAGACAACUAGAGUAAUAGUAUAGAAAUACCGGUCUUUGAAUUGUGUAGCACCACACGACCGAUUGCAGCAACAAAAUGGUACGUGAAGAGCACUCUCUGAAGUAUGUUAAUUGCGCUGUUUGUGACGACAGCGACACGAGUACUUACGCUCAUGGUGCGGCGAUGUUGCUCGACCCGAUGGAUUGAAGAAGUCUGCAGGACGCUGACAGCCGCCGUCAUGUCUUCGUCUUGUAUUCGCCACGAAAUCUUCAAUUACGCAGCAUUUUCAUUUUGAAGAAUCGACUCUUCACAUCGGCGCUUUUUUGCUCCUCCGUUGACUUCUAUUGUGCUGGGGACGAACAUGGGCCAAGGAGGGUCCUCAGAUGCUGGACCGGACGAACUGGUAAGUGAGAUCGCGACCUCAUCGAAGCGUAAAAAUAGCGCAGGAGAGACACUAUAUUUUCGGUUCCUGCUGGAUAGCGAUAAUUUGCAAAAAAGCAGGCCUUCGCAAGAAUGAAAUGAAACUCACAUGACGUGUUUUACAUGAUGAUAUUACUGUCAUAGGUCCUUAGCGAAGCCGACUUUGAUUUCGGUGCCCCGCUUGGCGCGAACACUGCUUGGCGAGCUGCGCGGCUUCGCAAGACAGGGGAGGCUUUUGCUGUGCGCUCAGUCGAUAUUGCCAAGACGAGGCAGCAGUUGCAAGCUUCUUGCACCAGCAGUAGUUGCUCAUCACCGGGGUCUUCGAACAAAGUUUCUCUUGAAACGUUGCUUGGAAAUGCGUACCGCCAGCACUACCAAGCACGAGAACCCUCGUUGGUGCGCCAAGCUUGUUGCUUUCUGAGUGAUGACGAAAAAACAUUGCUGUGUGUUGCGGAACUGGCUGCGGUGGGGGCAGUGCGCUGCACAACAGACGAAAAAGCGAUCGGGUACUUGUAUAGCUCUGGCUGUACUACGUAUGUAACUUGUUUCUGGAACCACCUACUUCUCAAAUGAAGUGUAACAGUCAAAUUUAUGACAAAGUGUUGAUUGGGAUUAUGUCCGAGUGCGAUAUAUUUUCGAAGUUGAAUAUGUAGCACUACACACGCACACGCCCCUUCAGGUGCUUUUUCGACAUUGCAACGGGGCUGCAUUCCUUGCGCAGCCGGAAAGCAAGCGUUCGUACAGACCUGGAUCCCGCGCAGCAUGUGCUUCUGGAUCGAAGUUCGAAGAACGGGCGGGAACGAGCCAAGUUGCUCGCUUUUUCAGCGUCGUGUGAAAAAAUGACGAGCGAAGAAGCAGUGGCGCCAUCUUUGGGUGUAUCUUCCAGAGGCGAUGGAGAGGAUAAAGAGACCGCAUCUUCGCAUCAAAUAUCAAUCAUUGACACUCGCGACAAGGAGUUUCUCGUUCGGCUGUUUGAUUUUCUCCGGCCAUUGGAGGGGGCUCCUGCAGCGGAGGCAGCUGCGCGACGACACGACGCAGGCGCAGACGAACUGCGAUCCUUUCUCCACGGAGACAGCAGCGAAACAUGGGGCGCCCUCCUGGGACACCCGAAAAACAGCCUCUUUGCUGACGCCGCACAAGAACUCCAGGAAGACGAUGUUGAGAGCCAGACGAGCAGGUCAACAUUUGACGAUCUUCUGGCGCGCGCACCGCGUGCUGAGAUCAUAAUUUCUCGCGUUUUGACAACGACCAAGCUCAUCUCGGAGGACCUCGUCCACUCUCCGCACAGCAAACCGUCGUCCUUAGAAUUGUCUCCGAUGCGGCGGCCGAAGAACGAGUCGAUGAGUCUUAAAACGGCGCUCCGACUGAGCCCGAGCCCCAAUCGACGGCAUCAGACAUCAAGCCGGCGGCACGUCGCCAGGCGGGACACUGCAGACGACGAUUUCCAGUCUGUCGCCUCCGAGGAAGCGCAGACGCCAGCGAGUGGUGCUUGUGCUUCCGGAGAUAUUGAACAAAAGCGCAGAACAUCAACAACCGGCGGGGAACAUCCACCACCAGCAGGCGACCUGAACCGGGCGGCGGAGGUAGAUCUUGUCAACUACAACAGUCCGGAGUUGAUUGACAUCACCUUUUCUAGCCAGGACGUUUUUGCGUCCGCUCGACAGAGCUUGGAGAUCUGCCCCCCGUCGUCCGCGUCCGCGCAAAACAGGGAAACGCGCUCCGACAAGAACAACUGUGCGCGGCAAAGCGAUUCCGACCUCGUCCGGCAGGCUGUCACAAAAAUCGAUGCAGCAUCGUCCUCGUCCAGUGUGGCCUGCUCUGCAACAGCAACUUUGUUAACCGGCGAUCAGCCGGCAGCAGAGCACCAACAAGAUGACCCCUUUGGUCUUGAUCAACCCCUGUUGGCCGACGACAAGGCGGCAGUGCAGGCACAGCCCAGUACUUCUAUGGAGGACGGGGACGCCGCGAGGAUGCAUGGUAGUCGUAGUCCGGCACCAGGACCUCCCCAGGCGCAGCACCAGGUAGUUCCUAAAUUGGCAGUGCAGCUCAGGGCCUGCUCGGGUGGAUCUUCAUUGGCCGUUCCGAUACGACAAGGACAAGAAGCGGAACAGGACAAAAAUCUAGAACUUUCACAGCAAGAGGAGGAGCCGAAGACAGCCCGGUUUGGGCGUAGUAACGAAGAUGACUUUUGCAUGAACAUGCGCAACCUGACGGAGAUGAAAGAGCGGCGAGAAUCUCCGUCAUCCUCGGAUGACACCCCCGGUUUCUCCACGUCGCACGAUGACGACAGCGGCAGGUCCUCGCCUCCUAUUCGCCCCACGUCCUUGAUUUCACCCGUCGAACCCAUCGGCGCCGCUUUGCGAUCUCCCUUCGAAGAAGUAGAAGUUGGCACCCACCAAGGUGUUGGUGGAACACGAUCAUCAGUGGUGCAAGAUGAAUCGCAGCCAUUGAUUGCGCAAGAAGCAGAAAUUCGACCGAGUUCAAGAACAACCUCGUCCCUUCUUGGCAGUAAAACGGCACCUCCACCCGAGGGCCUCCACGAGGGCAUCAAAGAAGUAGACCUCGCAGCUGCCGGUGAACAAACCGCAACCACCGCAGGUCCGCAGGACAGUAGAACUUCGGCUUCUUCGAACAGCUCGCGUGUGCGAUCCCUGGUGGCCAUGUUCUCCUCUCAACUACAGGCCGGAGGAAGCAGCUCUUCGGGUGGUGGAGCUCAUGCAGUUGCAGCUGUUGCUCGCAGUCCCAACGCGAAGAUGAAGCGCAUGAGCCCCCUGAAGAGCAAAGCGGCGAUGAGGCAGAAGCAGCAAGCUAACAAAAGAACACAACUGGCAGACGAUUUUGGGCUCGAUGACGUUGACUACGACGACGACGCGACUCUUCAUCAUGCCGACGUGGCUUCUGCUCGCGCUGAAGGCGCCGAUGACGCGGUACAAUUACACGGCCGGCCACAUCCCGCCGGAGUGCCAGAUGCUGAGCCGCAAAGGCCGAGUUGUAGAGUCGUGAGGGACAACAUCAUCAAAAGGGGAAUAAACGAAGAAGCAACUAGUGGUCUUGCGAGUCGAAAGCAUUCCGCGCGCAUGGAGGCUCUGGCGCGAAUGUCAGUGGAGGAUGCAGCGGCUUCGAUUUUGUACGACGGCAGUCCCGCAAGUCCCGCACUGGACGACCUUGAAGGAGUGCAGCAGGAGGUAGAAGACCAAGCGCAUAUCAACUCCUCUUCGCUCCUCGAGACCAGCACACACAGUCCCAGAAGUGCAACUCAGGAUUCCUUGCGCAUUCGCUCGACGAAGCCAAAAAUAAAUACCAGUGCCCCUAGUACUGCGGGAGCAGCAGGCAUUAUCAUGGUCCAUCCACCAGGCGAAGGAGUGGAGACCACACGAACGCCAAGAACUUUGUAUGGGGGAGAACAACCAGAAACCUUGCGCGAAGUCGAAGAGAAGAGUAACAUCAGACCUGGUAGCAAGAGCGUGAACGCAAGCAUCAUCCGCAGUGCUCUUGGUGCCAUCUCGGAUCUGCGGGAGAAGUUUCGAGCGUCCCCACCUGGGACCAGACACGAUGUCGCAGCCGGAUCUGCGACGCGGACGCAACGCGCUUGGACGACGAACGCAAUCGAGGACGACGCUACUACCUCCGCUCAAGAGCAGGAGAACGAGAACCUCCGGAGUUAUUCCGUGAAAAUGCCUCCACGGGAAUUCGCUGCCGCGGCGAGUCGAAUAAAGUCAGGAAAAAUCUCAGAAAAGAACAACGUAACAGCAGCGGUCUUGUUCUGCUCUCCAGACGAGCCAAUAGCUGAGCAGGGGGACCAGCACGCUCGCGGAAACACGAACAGGCUCGAGGGCAGCUCGGGUUGUUAUACUGUGGAUCAAUCUGUUAGCUACAAACCUGUUCUUGCCGAACGCAGGGCCGAGACAGAAGCAACCCGUGAUGUGAAUCCGUCUUCCGCGACGAAGAAGCGUUUGAUGCAAAAAAGCGGUUUGCAAAGAUUCUCGCCGAAGAAGCGGACGCCAACCAAGCCGCGCAGCCCGGCAAAGAGCGGGCGCACGACCCCUGCAAUAAACACCCGCGGCGGAGGAAAUCCUGCGCCGUCACGGAGUCGAAAGAAUCCUUUCCUGUCAUUUUCUAUGAAUGGACGCGGCGGGGUAUCUGCUUCAAUGAUGUCCAUGAGAGCGAGGGCUGAAGCUGCGAGCGUCCCAAGACCAAAAAAUGUCGUGUCACCACUGCAGAAGGCAGCAGGAGUAGAAGUGACUUCUUCGCAAAGUAGAAAGAACCACAGUUGUACCAGCACUUCCUUGACAAGCGGCUCCGUGGUCACUUCUAAGGAAAGAAAAGCAGUUGCUGCAUCGGCAGCACCCGGCGCCUCUCCUGCGGGAGGUGGCACGCCAAGCAAAACGAAUAAGCGCUCGCAGACCAGUGCGCCGCGCGUACAGGAGCGAUCGGGAACUUCGGCGGUGAAGAAGUCGCCGCCAAAGAAGAAACACAUCUACCGACCAGCGUCUCGGAUUUCGCAGAACAACGAGACAGCAGACUCUCCCGAUCAGCUGCCGCAAAGCUCGGAGAAAAAACGCAACUUUGUGAACCAGAACAGACGUGGCGCGGGCGCGCCAAGCGGGUCAAGCAAUCUUCUGGGAACGCCCCGGGAGUUUAAGCCAGUCUUGACGAACCGAAGAAUUUCCGAGAGCUCCAGAACAUCAGACGACAAGAAGGCUUCUGAUAUGCCCGUGGCUGAAAAAGAAAAAUCCUCGGACCAGCAGGACGACGCGUUGCCGGUGUCCGCCCUUACCGCCUGCGCCACCACUACCAGCACACGCUCGGCAAAAAAUGCAACAGGUGGCUCAAAAGGACGUGACCGCACUCCAGUGCGAGCUUUGCAAGACUUCUGAUAUCCUGAGUAAAAACGUACCCACACCAGAGUCAGGAUGGGGAUUUUGCAACACAAACCUAGGAGUUUUGUGAGUCACGCAUGACAAGUUGCACUCUGCAGUGUGGUGCACGUUAGCAAGUGCAGCCGCAUCACAGAUUCUUUCAUCUGCUCAUCCUGUUCACAGGGGGACGUUUUUACACAGGAUAUCUGGAACCAAAAGGUCAGCGAAAUACACGACAAGAAAGAGGCGGUGCGUUCGAGGCAGCAGGAGCUGGUGCAGCGCGGCAAAGAGCGUGCCCACUCGGUUCGGGAGCAAAUGCAGCGCUCGGUGUCCCCACGAGCGACAACUGGUGGUGCUGCUGAUAGUACAACAACAACGGUUCGGAAGGCAGCAGGAGCCAGCUCUAUCACCGUUCCAUCAAGUAGCACGGUCGCGGCGCCGAGAUCAUUCUCCAUCAAUCAAAAUGCACAGCAGCGUCCCGUUUCAGCAACCGAAAGUGCGAUUGUCCGCCCUCGCAAUUCACGAGAGCAGGAUCAGCAUGGAACAAAGAACCUCCAACCGCUAGUGGGGAAGAUCACGCCCUUACGCCAGUCCGCGGCCGACAAAAACGUAUAUCGCAAGCGAGCCCCUGGUGGAACUACGAGUAGCGCACCAGGUGCAUCUAUUUCAAGCGCGGAAGAUAGAAGUAAAAAAGCAACUCCCACCUCGCGGAGCGGGCAUGUCACUCCGCAGAUGAUGCAGCGGCCUGUAGGUGACGGCGCGGCCACGUCCAGCACAUCGCCGAGGACGAUCGUUGCUAGCACGCCCAAGACGAGCAAAGCAACAGAAGUUGCGGACACAAACCCCAGAUCGACCCCCGAAUUUGCAGCGCCCCGACUUUUCCCAGUCGAAGAUGGGUCGUCCGUAAGACAGCAGGGCAGCAAGAGCAAAUCCGUUUGUUCCGUUGAGGAAAGCAAAAGCAUCAUGAGUGACGGCUGUCUUUCCUUUGGCGUUGCAGUUGAUGUUCCAGGCACUACUUCUUCUGGUAGUGGUGAAAGAAGCACAAAGACACGCAGCAAACCAAACGCGAAUGCCGAGGAUGUCGUGGUGACAGCAAAGCCACUUGUGACCACGGCGACAGCACCUUCUGCAGCAGCGCCGCACCCGUCCACCUCGUCAUCGUCGAAGCCAAAAACGGUGUUCGGCAGUCCGGUGCUAGCAAGCUCCUCUCCGGUUACGGCAUCGGGUACAUCAACUCUGGUCGCCAGUCCCGGAGGUGUGGCCCCCACUGGUGGUCCUCCCGUAGGUGGCACCCUCAGCCGGUUCCCGUUUCCUCACAAGAUCGCGAGUCCAGUUCUCGGUGCUGAUCAUCCGUAUUCCAUAAUGUCCUCCAGUAUUGACCGGGGAGGCAAGAACACUGAGUCAUCCGGGGUAGGGGAGACCAGCACUUGUGCGAAUCCAGUCACAGGGAGAGCUGUAGUUUCGUCGUCCCCGGUGCUUCAGGCCGCGGCGCCUGGUGUCCAUCCCUCGACGAGCAGUUCUAGUACGGCGAGGUCGAUGAGCGCCGCAGGGUACAUCCGCGCCAUCACCCCGGCGACCGCGAUUUUGGCGACACGCACGGCCCAUUCCGGUGUGAACACACCAACGACUAGCGUGAACGCGCACAAUUCGGCAGCAUCCUCAUCCCGCCGGCUGGUUGGGGUCGGACAAACAGUGCCUGCGCCCACGGCGUUAUCUUACUUCCCACCGCCCUCUACCACCUCCACCCGAACGGAAUCAAAAACUGGCGGGAUUGUCCGCGACGGCUCUGCAAGCACGCCAACGUACUACAAAACCUUUCCGGCCAACGGGUCGUCCUCGAUUGGCGGGACCACAACAACUUCACAGGCGCCGCCAGCGUCUUCGCCCCUCAGCAUGCACGGCAACAAGGGUGCAGCAGCGGCUCUCGGCGGUAGCGCCUCUGUGAUGGUGCAACGACCGGUAACGACGCCCGUCGCCACUUCCACCGCAAACACCCCGUCCGUGGCAACGCCUAUUCUGGCGUCCGUACCGCGGAUUGCCAGUCCGCUGGAAGUGGGCCAUCUGGUGAGCCACCAACAGGGCCGCGGGCAACAUCUUGCGGCCUCUAGCAGUGCGCAAGCUUGUUCGCAGCACCUGCAGCCCCGCACGCCGGGGAAGACGCAGACCUGGAGUAACAACUUCCAGCUGAAUAUCAAACAAAAAAAGUUCGUCACGAUCACUCAUGCGCAUUUUCGCAAUGCAGCACUUUCUGUCAUGUGUAAAAAUGCAUCACAGGGAAACUUCAUAAGGGAUUCCCCUAUGUUUCUGCAAUACAAGAAAACGCUGUGAUGCUAGAAAAAUUUGUAAUGCAAAGCCUGCAAGUUGAAGUGUCGUUGGUGAUGUAGUGACUGUGGCAAACUUUUUUCUCUCCAUACUGAAGUGUCCGACCAGUUCGCCGAAGAAGCCGCUCGCGGUACCUAAAAGUUUCCACCAUCAAAUGGUGCCCCAGCCGGCCGCACAGGUGGUGCCGUCCACCGCCAUGACCGGCCCUGCUGGCGUUGGACCGUCGAGUCGUUCUUGCUCUUCUUCCUCGGUCGUCGUGUCUACAACUUCCACAAAUCCUUUUCAAGCCAAGUUAAAAAACCAUGUGGCCAAAACGCAGCAUCUGAUCAAAGUGGUUCCCCCGGGUGGAAUUGGAGGCGGAGCGGCGACGACGUCCUCGUCGAGUAGUAGCAAAAUGAAGUCGCCUGCUACGGCGACUCACCAACAGCAAUCGGUGUUCCCCAGUCCCGACCAACUCCAACCGCAGCCUGGCGAUCGCUUGGUCGUCGAAGUAGCGCAAAAGUCCCUGUCCGAAGAGAACUCCCACUCCGUGUCCACUGCGCUGAGUCAGCAGCAGCCUUCGCCCGGCGAUUUCACCAACUCGCUACUGAACCGCUUAAACUUUUACCAGAGCCCGAACACGCUGAAGGACUUCGACGUGCUCGAAACAAUCGGCCAGGGUACCUCGGUAUGCAGUGCAAAAGUAUCGUAUACCUGUAUAAAGCGGAGAAAUGCAUAUGCAAAUCAAUGGAGUUUGUAUGAAUAAUGAUAAUUCAGUUUAAGCGAUUCGUCAUGCAGUCCUGCCAUUGGUACGAGUGCGGUAUAAUUACGUUUGCAACUGAUACUCGGGGCACUUGUACAAAGUGCGGCCACGUCCUAGCUUCACCCCUUCACCCGCCUUCUUCUCUGCCGGCAAGGGAAAUCCUGAUCUGUACGCCCUGAAAAUCAUCCGGAAGUCGAAGGUUUCUUUUUGACCUCCUUCGUUUUCCUUGCGUGGAUCUGGAUGUAGUUUUUGUCUCGUAGGGGUAGGUCGUUGCGUGCCUGAUAUUAUUUCCGUCUAAAAAACUGUCGAAGAGACUUGCGUCCUCUUUGUUUUUCUUUGUGAUAGAUAGAAUCUCACCGACGCCGACGUAUUUCUUCUAUCGGUCGUAACGUGCAUCUGCAUGAUGAUGAUGUUCCACAUGACAACAUGAAAACUCCAGGUGAAGCAGUUGCGUAUGCAGGAUUUUCUGCUGCGCGAGAUCGAGGUGCACAGUGUGCUCGACCACCCCCACGUGCUGAAGUUCUACGACUACUUUACAGACGACCGGAAAAUAUACCUACUUCUGGAACUGUGCGACGUAGAUCUGUACGCCAAGCUGCAGGAGCGCUUGACGGGGACCAACGGCGCCAGCGCGUUCUCCGAGCGGGAGUAUCCUGCGUAAAAGUAUCGUACUCGUAGUAAUUGGAAUUGCAUUUCUGCAUUUACAGCUCUCUCUCUCAAGGGAAGCCAGCAUUACAAAUUCAAUUUGUAAUGUUGGGCUAAUUUGUAAUGCAAUUUAUACUAGUGCGAUACUUUUGCAGUUCAUAGGGAGGCCGCGGAGUUUAUGUACCAGAUCUGCGACGGCUUCACCUACCUGCACGAGAACAGCGUCCUGCACGGGGACAUAAAGCUGGAAAACAUCUUGGUUGGGCGGGACGGCCUGGUCAAGAUUGCGGACUUCGGGACGGUGUGCAAGUCCGUCAGCUUGAAGCGCAGCACCUUCUGCGGCACUCUGGACUACCUGGCCCCGGAAAUCGUGCAGCACCGCCGGGAGUACGAGGGAAACUUGACCGACGUGUGGGCGCUGGGCAUCAUGCUGUACGAAUUGCUCCUCGGGAAACCGCCGUUCGAGGACGAGAGCACGGAGAAAACGUGCAAACGCAUCCUUCGCAAGGAGCCGAAGUUCCCGAUCGACAAGCGGAUCAUGUCCGACGCGUGUGUAUUACAAUGAAAAAUGCCCCCACCCCCGAACUACUUGAAAGCAUUUGUAUUGCAAACCUUUCCAAAUGAAACAUUCGCCCUCUUGCAUGGAUCAGCAUCACAGAUUUCCGAUCGUGAAUGGCAAAAAUUUGUAUCGCAAAAGAUCCCAGCAAGAGCGGUGUUUGUCAUGCAAGCGAUGCGAAACACGACUGGACUCUGCAUCAGAAAGAUUCGUACUACUUUCUUGCAUGACAAAAAGUUUUCAUUUGGAAACGUCGCAUCACAAAUUUUUGCAACUUUGGGGGUGGGGGGCACUUUUCACUGUAAUAGUGUGCAUCCUUGAUUUCUCAGAUGCUUGUAAAGGACCCCGCGCGUCGGAUCCAGCUCAGGGACGUCCGCACCUCGCCCUUCUUCCAGAUGCAUUUGGGGCGGGGGUAGUUUAGUGGAGUCAAGAUCGGGUACAUAGGCCAGGAUGAAGGGCCUUGCCGUGAUUAAUAUGACGCUAUUCACAACCUUCGCGGCAAGAUGAAGCCUCGGGGAGUUAUAGUAGUUGUAGUUCCCUGUUCACUUUUAGCUUUUCUAUCUUGCUGCUGCAAGAACUACUCCAUCGCCGCAGUUCCCGGUUUUUUUAUGCUUGUUUCGAUACAACUCAGUGUUAGCGUUAAUAGAGUUAAUCUCCACAAUUAGGGUCGAAAUGGAAUGCGGAGAAAGAAAACCGACCUCAGAAAAAGACCGCUUUGGAUUCGUUCGAUUAUGCAUGCAGAAUACACGUAGAAAGAGAAAGAGUUAUUCAUUGAAUAUUGUGAUUUGUUUGUUGUUAUCCACUUAUACUUGAAAUAGAAGAAGAUUUUCGCUUCAUUGCACGAAGUUCUACUUUAUUGAUAGCCCGCCGUCAAUAGCUACCUUGCAAGCCAGUCGAUGUACUGACGUAGUAUCAUUUCGGAUGUGAUUCAUGAGCCUACGUGUACGUAUGCACGACCUUCUUACCUGUAGUCCGUGCGUCUAUUUUUAACCCAACUACCUCUUACUUUUGCUUGGGGGAAGCAAACAGGAAGUCAGACACCGCCAACUUUAUGAAGUAAAGUUCUUCAUGGCUUGUGCUUGUUGUGGCACGACACCGCCGCAGCAGCUGUCUAGCUUGUUUUUGUUGUAAGAAUUUUAGUGACGGCCACCCUGGCGAAGCCGAAGGAAUAAUCAAAUCGUGGCGAUUGUACAACCUAAGGCUAAGUCGUGGUGAUUGUACAACCUAAGUCCUUGACCUUGUAGCGCUUUUGAGUCACCCUUUUCUCGGAACAAAUAGUUGUGAUCCUGAACAAGAAUGCGAUUUGCAUUUGUAACUAAUUGUCUCGUCGAGGUCGACGAAACAUGCUGAGUUCUGGUGUCCUAUUACCGGAUGCGCAUGCAAGAUGAAAUGGAAAUUCAAAAGCGACCUAUUGUGAUAGAUGUGUACUAACGAGGUCAGCUGCCAGCACUGUGCAGUGAAUGAGGUGCUAGGUCUGCUACGCUCUUCCUCUUGCGUCAAUCGUUUUCCAAGUUAUUUCUGCAGGCCGCAGGUGUCGUGUAUGUGCGUAGACUAGAGAGCAGGUGGACAUACACGGAAGGAAUGGGAGCGGGGCCAUCGGGAACUGUGACCGCGGAAGAGAGUGUGGAGUUGGCGACGAAGAGAUUUGGCGUUCCUUCUAGAGUUCAUACCUGAGAAGUCGACCCAAAGUGAAAGUGCUGACAGAUGGC